CAUUCAGUCGCAAUCGUCGCAAUAUUUUGUAAAUUUAGUAAUCAAUUGAAGAAGAUAAGUGAACGAUAUCUAUUGUUACGUUAUUGUGACAUCAUUUGUUUAGUGCGCAUUAUUCGAAGAAGUGUGUCCCCGAAGAAUGGUUAAUUUUACUCCUGUAGAAGUAUCUGUAAACGAAUGUGUAGACUUGAGCAAAGUGCCAUUGAGUGCAUUGAAUCACCGAUCCUAUCAAUUGCUUUCGGCGUUGCUAAAUAAAACCAAAAUAUUCAAAUCGGAAGAUGGUUAUUAUCGUGAUUGGCGUGGUCUAUUUCAAGUGCUUAAAUUGGAACACUACCAUAAAGCAGAACUGGACAAGCAUAUCAAUCCAACUAAACGGGUAUUAGAUCUUUGGCAAGAGUCUCUGCGUGGAGCCAACCUAAAAGAACUGCAACAUGUUCUUGGACAAAUUGAUCGAUGGGACAUCCUUGAUGAUAGCAAUAAACUGCUUUGUGAAGAUGCUGAAAAGUUCAUGGCAAAUCAAUCGAAUGAAGUCAAUAUAACCGAUGCAGCAGAUAACAGCACCAGCUUGGUAUCGGAUGAGGAUAUUAUUACUAAGGAUGACACUCGCCAUAAGAAACAAUCGUACGAUGCAUUCAUCCUGUUUGCCGAUGCUGAUAUCGAAUUUGCGACCAAGAUUAUGGAGCGCAUGGAGGAGAGAAAAUUGAAGCUUUGCGUAAAGGAUCGAGAUCUUCUGGCUGGCAUUAAUUUUGAACACGAUGCCAUUAUCAAGCUGAUUUCCGAACGAUGCCGUAGAUUGGUCGUUGUCAUUUCAAAAGAGUUUCUGAAAAGUCCAUUGCACAAUUUUUUCGUCAUGUUCGCUCAAGCUUUGCAAAUUGAACAAAAGAAGCGAAAGAUCAUACCGUGCGUCUACGAACGACUGGAACUUCCAGCAAAUUUGAAAUUUUACUUCAUUCUGGACUACAAGCGAUCCAAUAAAUUAUAUAAUUUCUGGGACAAGCUGGAAGAUGCAAUCAAAGCCCGAACAGAUUCUCCAGUGAUCGAAAAUAUAAACCAAACGAAAGAAGCAGAAGUGGACAACAUUCCAAAUAUUAAAGUUGAUGACAUUGAAGAGAUAUCGCUAGAAGAAACUGAUCCGCUUCAAGCUAAAAAAGUACCUAACAUAGUCGAGGCAGAUACAGCAUCUUGCAAGUCGGAUUUUGAGCAACCAAUUAAAAAAUCAUUAUCAUCGUGGGAUAUAAGCCAUGCGUUCAACCGUGUACUGACUAAUAAAUGCAAGAAUUCGUCGUCGAGUACGUCAGAACUCAGAUUGAGAAUGGAUUCUACCGAUCAGGAGCUUAAAAAAGCAAAAUGGUAUACUAAGCUUGGUCUUUCAUCUAGCAAAUCUAGCUUAGAUGGAACUGGAGAAAGGUCGGAGAAGAAAAAGUCCAAAUGGUACAAAUCUAGUAAAAAGAUGGCAACAGCUAUGUGAUUUUUUAAUUUUUGUGCCUUAUUUUCAACCUGGUUGAAAAAUAUAUAUACUAAUUCAUAAGUUGUUGUA